AUGGCAUUCUUUUCUUCUGUUCUUAAAAGAUUAAGUCGUUUGAAGAGCUUAGAAUCUGAUAAUUUAGAUACACCUAUGAAAAGAUGUCUUUCCACCUUUGAUCUGACAAUGAUUGGUAUUGGUUCCAUGAUGGGAGCAGGUCUUUACGUUCUCACUGGAACUGUUGCAAAAAAUACUGCUGGCCCUGCAGUCAUUCUAUCAUUUGCUAUUGCGGGAUUUGUCACACUUCUCGCGGCAUUCUGCUAUGCGGAAUUCGGGGCAAGAAUUCCUCAAACGGGCUCAGCUUAUACAUACACAUAUGUCUCCAUGGGCGAGUUUUGGGCAUUUCUGAUUGCAUACACCAUAGUAGCAGCUGGUGUACUUGUACUACGAUAUGAACCAGCAGAGGCAUUGACAAUUGUCGACAAACAUAAAAAUCAAGAUAAAAUUGAAAUGGAUUUUAAGAAAAAAGAUGAAACAUCACCGUUGAAAAGGGAAGACUCCCAGUCGCAUCAUGGUGGCGAAGUUAGGAAAGAGUUUAAUGGUUGCAAAAUUUUUCGAAAUGCUAGACCUGGUACUAUACCAGCUUUUGCAGUAUUUAUAAUGUCCAUAUUCAUGUUUACAUUAGCUGCUGUUAUUGUAUUCUGUGGUGACGCACUAGCAGAAGCAAGGUUCUGGGUUAUUGUGAUUGUGGUUAUAUUUGGAUCGGUCGUGUUACUUUGUUUUUUUGUGUUAUGCAUACACUACCAGAAUACGAGUAUCGUGACCUUUAAGAUGCCGUUGGUCCCAUUAAUACCAUCUCUGAGUAUAUUUUGUAACGCUAUGCUUAUGAUGAAUCUAUCUUAUAUGACAUGGGUUAGAUUUGCUGUCUGGAUAACACUAGGUAUGAUGCUGUAUUUCUGUUAUGGAAUUCGUCACAGCAAAUUGGCCGUGUCACUAGAAGAAGACAACAAUGAUCUAAACCGUUAUUACAUAAUGCCCGCCGAGUCACCAUGCAUUACAAAUAGUUCCGUAGAUUUAUGGCAACCACAGAGUGUGACAACUCCUAAUAUUUAUGGAAGCGUGUCCGGAGAUGAAGAGGAAUCGAAUGUUAAAAAUAAGAUGAAACAACUGUGA